UUCUCUAUGGUUUCUCCUGGUCGUAGAAGGGUGGAUGGGCCUCUGGAGGACUCCGUACAUUCUUCCUCCAUUACCUCACUGUCUCCGGAAGGCUGCCGGGAUAUCGGAGGACCCAGUUCCUACCUCGGUUCAGUCCUCCAGCCGCCCAGGGAAUCCCUCCAGCAGCUCCUCCUUGCCGCCGCCACCGCCGUCGUCGCCGCCUCCGCCUCCUCCUCCUUCUCCUCCCCCCUUCCUCCUCCUUUCCCUUUGGCCUGGCCCGGCCCGACGCUCUUCACUCCGACUGGAGGGCCCGCUUCUCUCGGGAGCCCCCACCCAGGCGCAUGGCUCCAUGAAGCGGGAGGAGGAGGAGGCGGCACAGCGCGAGAAGUCCCGGCUGCUCCAGGGACGGGAAAAAAGGUACAGAAAGCAGGAAUGGAACUGGAAAAAGGAAAAUUCAUUGCAGAUACAAAAUAGCUCCCCCCCUCUGCUGUAGCUGCCCCUCUGGCCAUAUACAUUUUCUGAUUUCAGGUUCUGCAGCAUUCCAGACCUCAAGCACUGAAUCAGGAUGGGAAAAAGACGCUGUGUUCCUCCACUAGAGCCCAAGUUGGCAGCAGGCUGUUGUGGGGUAAAGAAGCCCAAAUUAUCAGGAAGUGGAACACACAGUCACGGGAACCAGUCAACAACUGUACCUGGCUCUAGUUCAGGUCCUCUUCAGAACCACCAGCAUGUGGAUGGGAGCAAUGGAAGGGAGAAUGUGUCUGACUUAACUCUGGGGCCUGGAAAUUCCCCAAUUACUCGAAUGAAUCCCACUUCGGGAGCUCUGAGCCCACUUUCCCGGCCCAACGGAACUGCCAACACCACCAAGAAUCUGGUGGUGACAGCGGAAAUGUGCUGCUACUGCUUCGAUGUCCUCUAUUGUCACCUCUAUGGCUUCCCCCAGCCACGACUUCCUAGAUUCACCAAUGACCCCUACCCACUUUUUGUGACAUGGAAGACGGGGAGAGACAAACGGCUUCGUGGCUGCAUUGGAACCUUCUCAGCCAUGAAUCUUCAUUCAGGACUCAGGGAAUACACAUUAACCAGUGCACUUAAGGACAGCCGAUUUCCCCCCCUGACCCGCGAGGAGCUGCCUAAACUUUUCUGCUCUGUCUCCCUCCUUACUAACUUUGAGGAUGCCAGUGAUUACCUGGACUGGGAGGUAGGGGUGCAUGGGAUUCGAAUUGAGUUCAUCAAUGAAAAAGGCGUUAAAAGGACAGCCACAUAUUUACCUGAGGUUGCUAAGGAACAAGACUGGGAUCAGAUCCAGACAAUAGACUCCUUGCUCAGGAAAGGCGGCUUUAAGGCUCCAAUUACCAAUGAAUUUAGAAAAACAAUUAAACUCACCAGGUACCGCAGCGAGAAAGUGACAAUCAGUUAUGCAGAGUAUAUUGCUUCUCGUCAACCUUGUUUCCAGAAUGGCACUCUUCAUGCCCCGCCCCUCUACAAUCAUUACUCCUGACACGCGGCUGCAUGACCAGUCCCAUCCCCCCGUGGCCGCCAGUGGCUACGACAUCAUUGGAGCAGACGCCUCCUCUUCCUGGUCCAGUUACUUCUAUUACUGCACCAUUUUAUGAUGCUAGCUUCCGUUGCCGAGUCUGCCUUCCAGCUGAUGGGGGGGAUUGCACUGAGUGAAACAGAACUUCAGGGGCCCAAGCCUUAUCUCAGCCAUUCCUCAAAAUGGGGUUCAGUUGGAUUGGGGCUCCUCCAUGACUAGGAAUUACUGUGAGAGGUGCAGAAGACCCUUAGGCAUGCAAGCGCCACUUCAAUUUGCUGUAUCGUGUGUCAGCCACACACUGGAAGCUGGAAUUGUUGAUUUAUGAAAGCCCCCCCAACCUCCUCCUCUCUUCUCUCCUUCCCACUUCCCUUUACCUACCCCAGAUCAAGUAGGAGCGUUCCCCUGGCAGUCUGGGCAACGGAGUCCAACAAGAAACAUUUUUAGGUUAUUUUAAAUUCCUUUUUUUAAACCUCUGGUUUGGUGUGUACCAAGAGUUGAUUGCAGCUCCCAGGCAUCACAGGCGGACAUCAUGUUAGGGUUAAAUUGUUGGGCACCAUGAGUCCUUUCAGGCUCCUGUACAGAGACCAUUCAGAUAUCCGAAAGCCCUUUGGAUGGCACAUUGCUGAUCUCACCAUUGCUAAAUAAACCCUGAACUUUUUAUCUCUCAUCCCACUGUCAGCUGGAUUUUCUGGCACUCUUCUUGCAUUGAGUUUACUGGUGUUAAAGAGUGCUUAAAUGGUAUAGCCUGCUCCUGAAUGGAUUGGAUAUGUCUGAAGAAGGGCAGAAUACCAUUGUUGAGUAUGUAGGUGAACAUAGAGAUGUUCAUGUCUCACCACGAAAGCUCUUCUUUACCACUAGGCUACCUCACCCAUACAUUGGUAGCAGUGCCUAGAGCUGGAUUUAGGGUCUCGAAAGCUAUGUUGAUGUUUAAAUACACAGUUGGGUCAGGGAUUUUAUGAGGACAGAGUAAGACAAACGAAUCCAGUGUCUCAAGGCAGUUUUAAUUUCAGGCAAGCUUCCUAGGGGACCUUUAAGCAGGGCAGUUCAGUGUAUGGAUCUUUAUAGAGGGAAGACUCACUGUUCUCUAUUGUAGGUCUUCAGAGCAAAGCAGUGUAGUUUCAACUGGCAAGUCAUCAGUCUUGCCUAACAUCUUGGGAGUUGCCACCCCACCAGGGCAAAAUGAAGAAGAGAUCAUUUUAUUCCAGACCAUUCAGACUUUCAUGUGCGCUCAUACUUCCCUUUUCUCAUUUUUGCUGAUUUCCAAAUGUCUGCUAGUAAAGUUCCUCCUUCCUUCUCCUUCCAUCUCCUCUUCACUGGCUCAUUCAGUGAUGUCGCUGUGCAGUGCUCGUACAUAUGACUCGUGGACUUGGAAUAAGGCAUCGAAAAAUGACUGAGGAAGAGGAGGCCAGUUGGAUGAAAGAUUCUUCUUACGAUUAUACACUGAUUACCAGCAACAGUGGUUAGAGGACUUUGAGAUGAAGUGCAUGACCGACCCAGUGGAUACAGUAUUUGAAUGAAUAUAUUUUUUAAAGUUUAAGUGUGAUAAUGGUGUGGCUUUUUGAAACUGGAUGACAGUCAAGUCAAAAGUUCCUGUGAGUUUUCUUCUAAUAUGUAAAGGGGGAAAUCUAAGAAACCACAUGCAUGCUGUUCUUGGCAUUGCUGUCCUUCUAGUUUCUUGGAAAUGUUUGCAGUUUUGUGUGUCAACAUUAUGCUCUGCUGUUCUUGAGGAUACAUGUUGUGUAAGGGAAAGGUGGGAGUUACAUCAGGAUUUCUGUGCAAUAUCACCCCAGACUUAAUUUUGUGCUGGGUAUUUCUCAUGUAUCACCACUUUUCCCUUGCAAUGUUACUGAAAAAGCUUUGGAAGAUGAAGGGAUCGUUUCAUGAUUUCCUGCUGCUGAGAAUAAAUCAGUCUUGUUACAAACUAGAGUGAUAGUAGUUACUCUUAGGUGCCAUGGACUGAUGUAGAGGGGUGGUUCAGCUCUGGGCAAACUAUCCACCUCUAACUGUACAACAGUAUUGAUACAUAGGGCUACACUCAUUACUGUUCAAAUGUUCUAUGUUAGAAUUUGUGUUUAAUUUCUAAAGAGUUUAAAAAAAAGCAAAAAAAUUGGUGCUAAACUUUCACCCCUGAGCACGCUCAGUGAGACUGGUCAUGCAAGCAUACAGUGCCAUGCUAUUCAAGCCUAUUUUUCUUUUUUAAAUGUUGCCCUGUUCUGUGUCUUUCUCCUGUGUAUGAUGUGUUUUUUUUAUUUUAUUCAGGGGAGGGUGGGGGGAGGGUAGCUACCAUUUAAAAAAUAGCAAACUGAGAAAAUAAUACUACAAAAUAUAAAAUAAAAAUUCCAGUACUGGGGGACUGGCUCGUAAACUGCAGCAAGCAAAAGGAAGUGGGCUCCAUGUCUUUGGAAUGAAGAAGCCUUACUCCAUUUACACCCCCUCUCACAUUUACACCUAGUUUCGAAGUGGAAAUGCUGUUAUGCCUCUUGGUAGGGUGAGGGCGAUAAUGAGUGGACCAAGGAAAACUGAUCUGCCCUCUAGGGAAUGGGCAUAGUCGGUAUCAGUCCUACAUGUGGUCUGGUAAGAAAGUAAUUUAGAAGUGUGCUGGUCAAGGUCACCUCAUAAAAAUGCACGGCAGGUGGUUCUCAGGAAAUAAUCCUAUGUCUGGAUCAUUAUAUGGCAGCUUUGCAUAAGGAGAUGGCAACUCCAAACUGAAACUUAACUGCCUUCCACUUGCCUGACAGCAGUGAUAGGGAUGGCCAAAUUUAUGUGGCAAUUGGUUAAAUCUCCUGUUUCUGCAAAGUGUCUCAUUUUGUCCCUGCACUGCUCUGCUGGACAAAACAAAUAUUGUUUCUAAGGAACCAGCUUCAGAGUUUGCUGGUUUGAUUUGGAGUUUGUUUCAUCCCUAGCUGUGAGUGCCUUUUGGUCUGGAAAGUUUUGAUUGUCUCAUGAUAACCACAGCUAGGAAGUUAUCUCUGUAAUUAUGACUAGUCCUUGUUUUACAUUAACUAAAAUAAUGUCUUUGAUCACUGGAGUUUGUCAGUGUUGGGAUGUUUCCACUGUGAGGUUCUUAAAACUUAUUCACUUCAUAAUGUUAAAGCAGCCAUUGUCAGUAGAGGCCCUUUCAAUUUGAAAGGUGUAUAGUAAAAACAUGAAUAUUUUAUUGUUUAUAAGAAAAAUUGUCUGUAAAAAAAAAAAUCCUGGAUGUUCAUUUAACUUUUGCACAGGAUCAGUUAUUUUUCAUGACACGUUAACAUCUACAGUUUUCACUGACAGUUGUCUUUCUGUUGGUUUUCUAGAACUUUAUUGUUCUUUUUUUUUGUUCAUUUCAUUUCCCUAAAGCAAGAGACCUCGUAUGACCUUCAGUGCAGAGAUGUCAGACCAAUUCUUUGUAUUACACUUGGUUGCCUCCUAGCUAUAUAACUUCUGAGUGUAAAUCAUUGAACUCUAUCCUCUAAUGAAGUAUUGUAGAGAAUAAAUCAUAAUGGGUAAAGAUU